AUGUCCCACCUCCGCACCCUCUACCGCUCCCUCCUCCGCGAGCUGCCCCCCCGACCGGUUCUCUCCUCCCCUCGCGCCGACCUCCACCAGCACCUCCGCGACAACUUUGCCUCCUCCUCUGAAAAGAAAGCCGACAUCGCCGAGCAGUACCUCUCCUACCUCAAAGCCCAAAGGACAUACGUCACCCUGGUCGAGCGGUACAACCCCGGCAUGGGCAUGGACGAAGAAGAAAGAGUGCGCCUCACCGCCAGAAGGGUGGGGAUGGAUCUUCCCAAGGAGUAUGGGAUUGAGAAGGGGCAGAAGUGAUUAUUGGGACAUGGCGUUGCGGCAUUUACAUGGCGUUUUUGGGAAUCUAGACUGGCGUGUUGGAAUCAUUUGGCUGGGAUGCUUUGGGCGUCUUGGACAAGCUGGAGGGGUGUACAAUUGUGUAGGAUGUGGAGGAGUGUACGAUAGGGAAAUGCUCGUGCUGCCACGACAGAGGUAGCCUUGCUUGGCAGAUAUCUGGACUGUACAGGACUGGGGGAGGCAUUGGCAAUUCCUGUCAAUCAAUUGGCGGAUCACUUUGUGGAAGGGGAUGUGUUGCGGGCAUCUUUCCAGAGGAUGACCAAGACAAAGGAGUCCUGUUCUAGCUGACGUCGUUGUCUCUCUCCAAACAAUCCUCCAUCCUCUUAUGGUGGCCGGCUAGGAUAUGUCGCUGUUGCGUGGUACGUACACGCUGGGUUCCGCAAUCAACGGAUAUCUUUUAUCUGUGCCAGGAUUCAAGACUCAAAGCCAAAUCAGGCAGAGUUGGUUCUCGGACCGGUGACAGCCCACGCCUGGAGAUUGAUGCUUUCUGGGUCGAAGACAGUUGGAUUCAUCGAAGCAAAAAUGGAGCUCUACAUCCAGUGGGAUGUUUAUCUAUAGUAAAGGCAGCGUAUUUAAGGCAGCUGUUGCUCGCGUAUGAAACCGUAAUAUUUUGAACCAUGUACAAAUAAAGUUCUUGUCUUCUGUCAGCCAUCCUCGUUAUGCUCGCUUCUUCCAUGUGCUUUUCUUUUGCAGAAAAUCGUGUAAAAAUCAGGGGGUAUCAACAUCGUCCGUCUGCUCUUGUUCUUCCUCCCAUUUCUCCCCCUUUCUCCCUC